AGGAAGGAGAGCUCGCCCUCCUGCGCCGUGAUAUGGAUGAAGUGAAGGGACAACUGCGGGACUAGGAUGAUGGUGAUAGAGCACUGCGUCAGAAGCUAGCUGAGGCUAAGUCUGAGCGCGAUGCCUAUGCCAACCAGAUUGCAAAGAUGGCCAUACAGUUGUCCAGCAUUGGUAAUCAGGAAUCUACGCCAGCGGUCAUCAGCAACCAAAAUACUACCAAGAUCCCUGAUCCCCCGAUGCUGACUGAUGGAAAGGAGCCCCGAUUUGAAGACUGGUUGCUCCUGAUGACCCAGAAGCUUGCUGCUAACGCUGAUUACUUUGACACGUCCCAGCUCCGUGUUGCGUACGUUGCCAGCCAUUGUGAGGGCAAGGCCCGAAAGCACAUUACCCUUCGUAUGCGAGAUGAUUCCAGGAACCCGUACGCUGAUUCAAACGAUAUGCUUGACCACCUGAAGACGAUCUAUAGCGACCCGAACCGUGUUACCACUGCAAAACACCAGUUCCAACAGCUGUACAUGAAGAAGCUGUGCAUCUCCAGCAGCAUCAAGGAGGGUACUUUCCAGGAGUUCUCCAGCAAUGUUUCCCAGACUGCGAGCCGACUUGAAGUUAUCAACCACCGGACCCAGAAUAAUCAUUCUUUCACCCCAAACAACCGGGACUCCUCAAAGGGAGGAACUAACCGAUCUAAAACCACUGCCAAGAAGGAACUGACCCCAUCCCGAAGCACUAGCCCUACUAGUUCGCGCACUGCUAGUACUAGUCGUGACCGAUUGAUGAAGUAACGCCGUUGCUUCCAUUGUCAAGAGCGUGGACACCUUGCUCAGGACUGCCCAACAAAGGCCACAACCCCUGAAUUGAAGGAUCUUGAGCAGACACACGACACUCUCUGAACUUACUCCACGUGGCGUUCGCUGCCCUGGAUCCCAGGGCCCAAUCCGGUAAUAAAGCGCCUGAGAAUGAACAGAACGACGAAGCGGGAAAAGUCUAGCCCAGGAGAAAGUCU